AUGGAUGUUCUUGAAGAAUAUUUGGAUCGAUUAUCACGAUGUGGUGGUCUCUCAUCUAAUCAACAGGCUGUUGAGCUUUUGGCCUUAUUAAAUUUGGAUCCUCAAACAAAUCCUUAUAUAGUGAAGAUAAACAGUCUACCUUUUAAACGAGAGAAACAGAUACAUGAAAUGAUUGACUCAAAACAUUUAUAUAACGAUGACUGGCUAGCAUUUAAUGAAGUGGUAUUUAGCUUCAUCAAAUUGAGCAAUCAAUUGAAUCCCUGGUCUGUCUUAGAAUCUUUUGACUUGUAUACGCUGUUUCUCAAUGAUGUCUCAGUAGCAUUUAGUAAUUAUAAUCGUGGACAAGUUUUGAGCUACUUAGUGAAAAGUACAAUCAAUAUUAUUAUCCCAAUGGCAGUUAAGCUUGAUCAUCAAUUAUACUAUAAAGACAAUUGCGCAAGACCACGGCUAGCAUAUUUGGCAUCCAUUUUGUUGAAAAUUUUUAACAAUAUUAGAUCACAAUUAGGAGAUACUAAUGAUAACCCUUUGAAAAAAUCUAUUAUUUUAUUUGUGGGAGGUAAGCUUUGCUCGAUAUACUUUCGCUUGUCAAAUCCAUUGCUCUGCAGAAAUAUAUUUUCCAACAUGAACAAUGCUAACUUAUCAUUUACAAGUUUUGAGAUUAAUGAGCAAAUCCGCUACCGCUAUUAUUUAGCAAGGUUCUAUAUGAUGAAGGAUCAGCUCGUAGAUGCCUACCAGAAUUUUACUUGGUGUUUAUUGCGUUGUCCUUUUCUUCAAAAUAAUAGAAACAUUACCAACAUUUUAAGGUAUCUUUUACCUAUCAGCAUUGUCAUUGGAAAGAGACCAAACUUCGCUUACUUGAGAACCACAUAUUACACAGACGAACCAGAAUUCUUUGGAAUUUACAGUCUUCUCUACAAUUAUAUUCGCGUGGGAAACAUCGCUGGAUACAACGCCACUGUUGUAAGUAAUUACAAGUACCUCAAACAGUACGAUUUGUUACUUCUUGUGGCUUCGAAGGCUAAGGUGGUUCUCCUUCGUAAUCUACUCAAAAACAUCUGGAAAUCCACUGGCCGUCCACUGAAACUUGAAUACGAUACAAUUAGACAUGGUCUUCAAUUCGCUCUCGGACCCGACCGUCCUCAUUUAGAUUACUUAACGUUACUAUGUAACGUUGAAGACGACUCCACCAUCGAGAACGUCUUGAUAUGCCUCAUUGAUCAAAACCUACUUCGAGGUAAGAUCUUCUCGCGACUCCGAGCAAUAGCUCUAAGCAAGUCAAAUGUAUUUGCUCGCCUUGAAACUAUCAAUUUCACUAGGUUUGGCCACGGAAUAGAGGGCACAAUGAGCACUAGCGAUAGAUGGAUGUCGUGA